CGGCACGCGCGGCCUUCCAAUGAACAGCACCAGUCACCGCAGGCGGCUCAUAUGCGGGGUGUACUUGUAUGAAAUAUUAGGUAUUGGGCGUUGACAAUUGUAUAAGCCACGGACACAAAGCCAGCCCAAUGUGCGACGUCGCUGGUAGUACAAUUUCGCUAAGGCUUGUUGUUGUCUGUAUAGUUGACUGUCAAGACACUGAAACCUUCACUACUUAGCUCAGUAUUGAGCACGGAGACUGACAACAUGAGUUGAACACAUGUGGGACUCUGGCACAGAACUCUUGCGCUGCUCCCGUGAGGAAACAUGGCAGCUGACAUAACCAGAAGCGCAGUUUACGUGUGACGGGUUCACACAGAGGGCUCGAGCCAAAUGUCUCAGCCCGGAGUUGCGACGAGCGAGGGAAAGAUGCAGGGCCUGCUUCAAGAGAAGCUGGGUCAAAACCUGGCGCUUUCUCACCUCAGCGAGCUGCCCGAGCUGCCCGCCCAGGGUGUGGAGGAGUACAAAUUGGAGCAGCACGAGUAUGCUAUGCACCUGGAUAGUGCUAUGCUCACGUACACUCCGGCUCCGGGUAAACUCAAGCACGCGGACCCACAGCAGCACAACCGCUUCGAUGACGCCAAAGGCACCAAGCGAAAGAUAUAUGUCAACAAGGACGUGCUGGCACGGCUGGUGUGCGUGGCGGAGGAGCUCAAUAUGGCGCAGGCGCAGAUCGAAAUCCGGAAGGUCAUCAAGCGGGAGAACAGGCGGCUCCUGGAGGAGGGCACCUGGAAGGAGCGGCACCAGGGCGGUGUGGACGCCGGCGCGCUGGACGAGCUGCUGACGGGGCUGGAGGUGGAGCCGGACACGUCAGCGGCGGAGGAGGGCUCCGUGCAAGGCGCCGCGCGGCCUUCAAAGGUUUCGACCACCAAGCGGGUGCCAAGCGCAUACCGCCAGAACAACAAGGUGCGGUACCCUUCAGUGCUGAAUGCCACGGCGCCAAAGGACCGCUGGGGCUACUUCCGGGCGCUCCAGCGCCUCAUACCCGCCGCAAACAACAUGCGGCCGGGGCACAUCGCCUUCGGCAGCGGCGUCAGCCAGCACCACAUGGGUGGGGCGGCCGUCAAGGCAGCCAAGGCGAUGCAGCGCGAGGCAGACCGUCAGGCGGAGCUAGUGAUGCAGGCGGAGGCGGCGGUGGCGGCGGCCGCGGCCGCGGCGGCUGGCGGCGACCCACUGGCGGUAGCGGACGCGGCAGCGGCCAUGAACAGCACCAUCGCAGCGGCCAUGCACGCGCACGAGAUUCGUGAGGCCAAGCGGGAGGUGGCGCGGCAGAUGGCGGAGGAUGAGGGCCUGCCCACGGAGACGUGGUGGGACAUUAUGCAGAAGCGCAAAAAGACGGUGUACUUCCGGAAGCUGCUGGAGGAGAUGGCCGGGCGAAUGGACCUACUGAAGGCGCACUGCGCCGCCCGCACCAUCCAGAAGGCCUGGCGCAUCCACCGCCGCGUGCGCACACGCAAGGCAAGCGAGGAGAUUGCGCUGCUCCAGAAGGAGCUGGCGCAGCGCAGGGCCAUGGAGAUGGCGCUGCGGGCGGCAGCGGAGGCAGCCAUCCGCGAGGCGCAGGAGAAGGAGAGGGCGAAGAAGAAGGCCGCACGGCCGCGCACGGCACGCAUAAAUGCGCCAGAGGGCAGCGGUGAGAUUGACGGCGGGCUGGCGUCAAGGAGCAACGGCACCUUCAGCCGCGCGACCAGCGGCCGGGGCCUGGGCUGGCAGACCUCGCUGCGCGGUGCCAUCCCGCCCACGCUCAGCCGCUCCGCCAGUCGCGCUGUCAGCCGGAGCGUGAGCCGCAGCGUCAGCCGCGCGGCGUCCAUGAGGCGCCUGAACGCGGAGGAAGACGAGGACGACCCGGCGGGGGGCUACUCCGCGCAGCAGAACAACUUGUGGACAAAGAUCCAGGCACUCAUCGGCCAGGACUGGGACGUGGACGGCGACGACGAUGACAGCAGCAGCGAAGACGAGGGGCUGCCGCCGGGGCCCCCCGAUGAGGAGUCAGAGGAGGAGGAGGACGACGAGGACGAUGAAGAGCGUCGGGCGCGGCUGCGGAAGGAGCGGAAUGAGGCGCGCCGGGCCAAGAAGGCCGCGGCAGCGGAGGCGGCGGCAGCGGCUGCGGCGGCCAAGCCGAAGAAGGGCAAGAAGAAGAAGGGCGGUGUGGAGGCGCCGCCCGUUAAGAAUCCCUUCCAGCUGUUCCUCGGUGGCCAGAUGGCCCAGGUCGUCAAGCAGGCUGUCAAGGCAGCCAAAGCGAUGGAGAAGGAGGAGCAGAAGAAGAAGAAAAAGAAGGUCCGCGCCUCCAAGUCUGUGGAGCUGCCCAGCACGGAGACCGGCGAGGUCGGGCCACGCACGCCGCGGACGCCGCGCACUGGCGGCAAUCAAACGGGCUCUGGCGCGGCCGCUGCCACCUCGCCUAAGCACAAAUCCAAGAAACAGCGGGCGCGCGAGGCGGAGGAGGCCAUGGUGGCGGAGGCGGCGGCCAGCAUGAACGUGACGGUGGAGGCAUACAAGGACAUGCGGCGGCGGCAGGCGGAGAAGGCGGUGGAGCGUGCAAAAGCCGCCAAGGAGCAGGCGGCGCAGGAUGAGGCGGCAGAGAUGACGGAAGAGGAGCUGCACCGACUGGAGGAGGAAGCACGCAACGAGCUGAUGCAGAAGGCGGUCACUGCCGCCGUGCAGAAGGCGGCCGCUGCCGCCGCUGCCGCGCAGGCCGCUGCAAUGAAGGCCGCCGUGGAGGCGCGCGCCGCGGCCAUGGCCGACGCCGCCGCUGCCUCCGCGGCACUGAUGCGAGACGCUGCUGCCGCCGCUGAGGCGGAGGGGAAGGACCCGGAGGCCGCGAUGGCGGCGGUGCAGACCGCCGCGGCGGCUGCUGGUGGCGGCGGCCGUGGGGCUGCCAGCGUACCGGCGCUGAUGGUUCAGGAGGGCGUGAAUGCAGCGGAGGCCGCCGCUGCGUUUGCGGCCGCGGCGGCGCCGACGCUGAAGAUCAGCAAUGAUGAUGUGCAGGCGCUCAUAAAGGACAAGCUGAGGGCGCGGCGCGCGGCGCGGCAGGCAACGGAGCCGGAGCCACCCGCGCCCGCGCCGGACGACGUCGUGUUUGUGGGAGGGGACGAGGACGAUGAGGACGAUGACGACGACGCCAGCAGCCGCAGCAGCUACCUGACCAGUGAGCCGGACGAGGAGGAUGAGUGGGAGUACGAGGAGGAGAGCGAGGACGACGGCGCGGGCGGCCGGCGGAAGAAGCUUGUGAAGAAGGCCAAGGCGCCCAAGCCCAAAAAGGACGUGUCGCAGCGCACCAGCAGCCGGGCCGGCGGGCAGGCAGGCGGGAGGAAGAAAAACCGGCGGCGGGCGGCGCGGUCGGAUUCAGAAUACGACACAAUGUCGGAGGAUGAGAUCAAGAACGCGGGCGAGGGCACGUUGCAGAUGAUCCGGCGGCAGAAGGAGAGGUCCCGCAAGCAGUUGCAGGGCUAUUUCAGCCGCCGCCUUACGGCCAAGGCCGCCGCAGCCGCUGCCGUGGAGCAGGCGAUGCGCGAGGAGCGGCGCGAGGUGCGGCUGCAGCAGCGCGCCGCUCUGGCGCUGCAGCCCGGCGCCGGCUUCGGCCGCCCACGCAAUGUGCCCGCAGGCCCUGCCUGGCGCCCCGGCGGUGGCCAGAACAAGCGCCAGCAGGCAGCCGCAGCCGCCUGCGCGGACAACGACGCGUACCCCAGCCACCGGACGCCGCCGUCUGACCGCGGCGGUGGCACGCUGGUGACGCCGAAGAAGCGGGAGAUGGCGCAGGGUUACGGCAGCUGGGGCGCGCCCUACAAGCCCUCGCCGCGGGACACCGGUUCGCAGAUGGACACGGGCCGUCGGCAGCGCGCGUUGUACUCGGAUGACGGCAGUGACGGCGAUGGCACGCCGCCGGCCGAGGCCGGCACGGUGGCGGCAGCCUUCAACCUGAGCCCAGGCGGGCCGUCGCUUCUGUACCGGCCGCCACCACAGCGCACUACUGUCCGGCGUGCAGUGGAGAAGCAGUCGGUGCGGCGGGCAACGUGGUACAAGGGAGCGGACAUGCCCAACGCCGUGUUCACGCAGUACGGUUGGGUCGCUGGUCCGGCGGCCGACAACCAGCAUGUAGACCCGAACGCGGCGCCGGCGCUGGACGCGCUGCACCUGCAGGUGGCGUCGCUUCAGGGCCCGCAGCUCAUGCACGCCCUGCAGGCCUUCUGCAGUCGCAUGGGCAUGGGCCAGGCGCCCACCAGUGUGCAGCAGGGUCCCAGCUCGACGGCCGCGUGGACGCAGCACGUCUCCUCAGACGCCGCAAGCAUGGGCUUCCACAUCCGCAGCGCCGCCAGCGCAAACGGCCCCAGCCCCGACGCCUUCGCGCGCCAGCACCCGCACCCAGACGCUGCCUACUACGGCGCUGGCGGCCCCGCGGGCUUCGGCCAGGGCGGCGCCGGUGCCGCCACCGGCCACCUCAUUAUGCCACACCCACCCUCGCACGGCACAGCCUCCCGUGCUGGCAUCAGCCGGCACGGGUCUGGCGGCCCCGCCGCCUACGUCGCCGGCAGCUACAUCUCCGGCGCUGCCUCGCCGGCGCCUGGUGCCUCCCAUGGAGACUUACUGGCACCCGUGGGCGCAGCCAGCGGCGUCUCCCGUUCCGCGAGUCCCACCCCUGGCGGCGCCGCUGGCGGCGGUGGCGGCCACCUGGCGACUGGCGCGGCCUUCCACCGGAGUCCCAUGCACGGCGCAGCCAUGGCUGUGGGAGGCGAGGCAAUGGCGGGGGCGGGGGCACCUGGCUCUUUGCUGGAUUCACGGGCAGCGUCCAUCGCAACAGCAGGUGCACGCACCAUGGCGGCGGCAGGGCAAGGCGCCCUGGCGCACGGCGGCGCGAUCCUGCUGCACUCGAGCGGCCGGCCGCUACACGCGCAGGCGUUGCAUCAUCAGGCCAUGGCCGCGGCGGGCGCAGGCGCGGGUGUGGGUUCAGGUGCAGCAUCCAGGCACACCUCCUUUGGCCCUGGGCAAGUCGCUGCCGAGGCGGCAGGCGCCGCGGCGCUGGAGGAGGCCGCGCUGGAGGAGGCGGCGGUGGAGGGUGCGUCGCUGCAGGUGGCGCUGGCAGUUCUGCGAACUGGCUCCGUGAAGCCUUCAGUGGCGCGGCGGCUGUACCCGCUGGGCCGGCCCCGCGUCAUGGACAUUCCCGUGCCUGGUUACUUUGGCAUAUCGGAGUCCGACCCAGCUGUCGGGCCCCUGUCCUUCCCCCUUGAGGACCUCAGCAGCAGUAGUAGUGAGGACGAGGAUGGGCGCAGCUGGGCCACGGCGUCUGAAGACGGCGGCGAGGAGGGUGUGGCUGCAGCAGGCGCUGCUGCUGAUGGCGGGGCGCUUCCGCCUGGUUCUGGGGGCCAGGCCGAUGUAGGGUCACAGUCAAGGGGCGCGGCUGUAGGCUCGCGUUCAGGGCAUUCGGCGGCUGCAAUGUCGUCUGCAGCAACAGCGGCGGUGCCUGGCGGACCAGGCUCGCGCUUGGGCGCAGCUGCUGGUCCUACCGUGGGUUCUGUUGCCACCGCCAGUGCUGCAGGAGCAGCGGCAGGCGAGGCGCACCUGCAGCAGUCGCCCCGCGCUGCGCGCGGUGUGCUGUCCGCUGCAGCGGCGUCGCAGCCCGGCCCGCAUUCAGGCACAGGGUCGGUCGCAGCAACCGGCAGGGCCGUCCCUCCGCAACUGGGUGUUGCUGGUGUUGGCCCCGCCGCCGCGGCAGCAGGCAAGCAGCCCCAUGCCGCGGCCCCGCCUCCAGUCCAGGCCCCCACCUCUCAUCAGCGUGUGACGGUGAAGGCGGGCAUGCACCGUGCCUCUCCCGCGCCGCCGCUGCCUCACUCCACCUCCGCCGCAUCCACAUCCGCGCCGCCGAGCCGCGCCACCACCGCCGCCGCUGCCCUAGGCUCCGGCAGCUUUACUGGCAACGCCUCCGGCGUGCGACGCGACCUGGGCGGUGCGGCCUCGCCGUCCUCGUUUCACCCGCGCCCUGAGACGGCGCUGUCGUCCGCGUGGGAUGAUGACCCUAACCUGGCAGCGGGCCCGCCCGCCAUGCUGCCGCCGCCCGACGACGAGCCGCUCUAUGACGACAGCGAGGAGCUGCGGCAGUUUGACAUGCUAUACGAUAUGACGCGGUGGACGGUGGCGCCGCCGCCCACGCCGUGCGGCUACAGGCCCGAGGACCACUAUGUCGCCGUCACCAUCCGCCGCUCGGAGGCCGCCAAGCAGCGCGACCAGCAGGAGCGCAUUGCUGAGACGCGGCAGCGCGUGCUGGGCGGCUACGCCAGCGUCUACACGCGCUCCCUGGGGGCAGCCUACUCGCGUGUGCGCUACCGCCGCCACCAGGCACGUGCCAUGGCAGCAAUCACCGCUGCUCGCAUGCCGACAGCCGGCGGCGGCUUUGGCGGCGGCGCGCGCGGGUUCGUCAUUCGCGGCCCGGCGGCGCGGCCCACGGUAGGCGGCUUGGCGGGCAACCGCCUCACCCUCAUGCCGCGGCCCGCUCUGCCCCGGGCAUACGUGGCUGCCGGCGGCUUCAUGCGGCCGCCGCGCGCGCGGGCGGGCUUCGGCGCGUCGGCGGGCCACCUCAGCCCCACAUUUGGUGAGGGCGUGCGCGGCUACUCGCGGUCCAAGUCGCAGGUGAGGGUGCGGGGCACCACGGCCUCCGUCGGCGCUGGCUUUGGCAGCAGCUAUUACUGGCGUCGGCCGGUCAAGCUGGGCUCGGUCAUUCGCGUGCGGCCAGCAGGGCUUUCGUCAAGCGGCGCCGCGACGGGGCCGGCGCUGCCGGCAGCGGCCGAGCCUGGCUCAGAGGUUGCGAGCGGGCCGUUUGUGACCGGUGCUGCCGCCACCGCAGCGGCAUCGGCUUUGACGAGCGGCGCCGCUUCACGCAGCCGCACGCCAGCGCCGCCCGAGGUGGCUGACAUGGCGACCAAGGCCAUACAGCUGCUGAGCGAGCUGGGGUCCGAAAUCGGGAACCUGGAGGAGCAGAUUCAGGCGCUGCAGCGCAAGGCGGAUCUGGAGCAGGAGCGCGAGCUGCGUGCGGGCGGUGCCAGCAUCGGCGGGGGCCACCCGCAGCAGCACCCGCAGCAGGGGCACCUGCACGGGCACGGCGGCCGCCACGCAACCUACGCACCGGACCUGCAAGGCCUGCAGCAGCAAGUGGUCACCGGCACAGGUGUCGGUCACCUGCAGCAGAGGCCGCAGGCCGCCGCGGCCACGUCUCCGAGGCAGGCCCGGCAGCAGGCCUCGCCGCAGCACCAGCACCAGCAGCCCUCGGCAGCCAGCUCGCCACAGCUGAACCCCUACCUGGCACAGCACCAGCAACACCAGCGGAACCGCCAGGCGUACAACCUGCUGUCGCAGUCGCCAGGUUAUCGGACCGCCCUGACGCCGCCGACCGGCAUCACCGGCACCAGCUUAUCGCGUGUGCCGCAUCCGCCACACCCUCACGCCGCUGCUGCUGCCGCCGUGUCGCCAAGCGUACGCACAGCGCAUGCCACGCCGGCCGGAGCUACCCCCAGCCCCGGUGUCACACCUGUGGCUCAUGCCAGCGGCGGUCAGGCGGCGUCAGUAGUGGCCGCGUACGGAGUGGGGUCAGGGAGCGCUUCAGGCAGCCUGGCUAAUGGGCUUGUCGCCGGCAGCCCGGCAGCACGAGCGAGCGUGAUGCGGCGCCGUAGCACCGCCGGCGGGAUGUCGCAGCCGGCAGCGACUGCUGCUACCGGCACCUCAGCCUCAGGCGGCGUGACCAAGGCGGCGGCCGGACACCCGCGUCAGGCAGCGGCUGGUGCUGGCUCGACUGCACCGCUGUCGGCGAACGCCGGUGUGACUGCUGUGACACAUCCUCUGCGGCGUAGCGUGGAUGGCGGGGCCGCCGCGGAGCCCAUUUCCCCGGCCAGCGGUGCCCUGCCAUUGCUGUUGCCGCGUCGGUCGUCGUCCGGCCUCUCUCCGCGUGGCUCGCUUCUGGACACGCUUGACCCAGAGCUGCGAACGCUCACGUCUUUCGGAGCCCGUGGGACUGCGGCAGGCAGCCCCAUGCCUGCUGCUCUUGGAGCAUCCGUGGCGGCUGCAGACGCCGUCGCGACCCUGGGGGUUAAUGUGCCUGCCGCAGAUGUUGAGCUGCCAGAGGGCCUUCCCCCGCUGGAGAUGGCGAUGUCACCGCAGGAAUCGCCGUUUGGCACCAAGGCCGAAGCCUUAGGCCGACUUGCGGUGGCGGAGGAGCAGUUGACGCGCAGCGGCAGCGGCAGCGUGCACGGCCGCUCCUCGCCUCGCGCCCCACCGUCGCCACCGGCGGCGCAAAGUCCAGUUAUGCUGGCAGGCGGUCGCAUCGCCAGCCGCAACACCUCGCUGUCAGGUGUGGCCACCAUUGAUGCAGGCCCGGGAACGGUCGUGGGCGCCUCCCCGCGCACGGUCCCAACGUCACAGCCAUCCCAGGCGUGGGCUCCGUCACCCGACCCAGACGCGGUGGUUGUGCCAGUGCCUGCGACUGGGCCAACCAAUGCGCCGUCACCGGUCGGGCAAUAUGGCGGAUUGCGGCCAGCUGGCAACCUGGGCGGCCACCUCCGCUCAGGCGCCCGUGCCGGCGCCGCUUCGCCGCGCUCAGACUCGCCCACGCCGCCGCCCAUGACUCCAGCGCUCGCGCCGGCGUCGCACUUGUUUCCAACUCUGGCCGGCGGCAGCGCGCUGCGCCCAACGUCGGGGCCCGGCAUCGCCCUGGCGACGGGGGCACGUGCCACCUCCCUCAGCCUGCCUAUCAGUCCGCUGGCGGCAGCAGUGCAACAACAGCAACAGCAGCUACACGCGUCACACACCCUGCAGCAGGCGCGCGUGCUGCACCAGCAGGGCUCGGGCGGUCACGGCGUCCCGCCGUCGUCGCCGCUGUCGGCCUGGGUCAAUGGCGGCGCCACCUCGCCCACACAGCACCUGCCCGACAUCAUGGCGCCGUCUUCACCCGCGCGCAGUGCGCUUUCUUACAGCGCCGGCGGUCGGCACGCCGUCGGCCCCGGCACUGCCGGCGGCGCCGCCAGCCCUUCAUUGCAGGCCAUGCGCCUCAGCCUGCAGUCGCAGCCCGCAGGCGGCCAGAACCAGGGUGGGCCGCACAGCCCGCACAGGCACUACCCAAAGAUGGAGGUCGGCUUGUCGGCCGUCUCUGGGCCGCUUGGUGCCAAGAGCCGCAGGCGCGGCUCAAUCGACGGGCCCCUGCUACAAUACUAUUCUGUAUCGAGCAGCGGCGGCGUGGGGCCGGUGGCGGCGGGCUACGGCGAAUCGCACGAUGGCUUCAGCGGCAGUGUUGGCGCCGGCGCCGGCUUCAGUGCAGUCGAUGCUCUGCUAUUGAAUAUCAGCGCCGAUCGCGUCGGGAUGCCAGCACAUGACGCCGUCACGGACAGGCAUGGCUACUCCGUGACUGCGCAGCGGGCCACCGGAGCUGCGGCGGCCGGGGCACGGCGUGCGCCGCGUGUAUCCGAGGCGGAUGCUCUUAAUGCCGGCAUCGGCAUGCCCGGCGUGCCCGGCGGCAUUGCGGGCAGCAACCAGCGUUUCGCGCGAGUGCACCGCAUGAGUGCGGGACCGUCUCCGCCCAAACUUGGGGCUGUGGCUGGCGGGGGCGGCAGCGGGGGCACCGUGAGUGCCGGCAACAGCGGCCCGCUUCCAUUGCUAGGGCAGGGCCAAGAGGCCUAAGACGUGAAGGUGGUUUGGGGUGUGUUAAUAACAAGGUGUUAUUGGGGUGCAAAUGAUGAUGCGGGUGGGAUCUAAAUGAGCGGUACAUGCACUGUAAAAGUGCAGCCGUGCGAUGCCUCGAAAGGCACGUGAUGGCCGGCCUGUAGGCGAGCGUGGAGUUCUCCGCACACGCCUGAUUGUGUGUGGCACUGCAUGAUUGUUGACUUGACCUUAGCUCAAGGGCUUUAUGAGCUGUGUACAGGCAGGCGUGCGGUACAGCCACAGACAAGACAUACCCGCAUGAGGGCACAUACUGUACAGCCUUUCGUACCCCAGGUCCGCUUAUCUCGAUGCGAUGAUAUCGUACUAAGACGUUGCAGAUAUCGGCAGUCCAGUAAUGGGCCAGCGGUCCUGUAAUUGGCUGUUGCUUACGUGUCUCUGGAAAGAAUUGUUCGCACAUGCGAACGGUUGCUACGGUAUACAGUGAGUGGACCCGACACGUGCGAUGGGACAGGGUAAGGGGCAGGUUGGUGUAGUCCCGUCCUGUGCACUGCUGCUGUGACUGUACACGGGUUUACACAAGAUGAUUACGACCAGCUUGACAGUACCAGCUUUAAA